UUCGGUUCAUUCUUUGACUAUUACAACACAUGGGAAACGGCAAUGAAAGAAAAUAAAAAUCUGAAUGCUCUAAUUGUUCAUUUUGAGAGUCUAAAAACUGAUGGCUUAAAAGAAUUGCGAAGAAUUCAAGAAUUUCUUCAAGUUAACAAUACAGACGAGCGCCUGCAGCAAAUUCUAGAGAGAUGCUCCAUCACGAAAAUGAAGUCGGACAUAGAUACCGGAAAACUCGGAGCCGCACUCGUAGAUAAAGAUGGCAAAUCGUUCAUUUACCGUAAAGGGGACAUUGGUGAAUGGAAAACCCAUUUUACAGUAGCACAAAGUGAACGUUUUAAUCAAGUGUUUGAGGAGAAGUUUAAAAACAGUAUUUUCAAGAUGUAAUGUCUUGUUGUUUAUGUCUAACUCUGAUAAACAAAACAAACUAGGUGUUGCAUGUGAAUGAAAAUUACAUAUUAUUAAUAAACUGGUAGUGUAUCUAAAAGAUUUGAUGUUUUUACAUAUGUAUGUACAUCGUAUUGUGACAUAUAUUUCGGACGUAAAUAUUGGGAGUACAUAAACAUUAGGAUUUUAAAUUGUUACUAUCUCACAUAUCAUCAGGACAAAACUAUUCAUCAUGUUUCAAGGAAAUUUUCAAAGUUAUUAAUGAUUUAAAAGCGAACAGUAUAGACCACGAUCAGACUGAGGGUCGUCGAACUUUGUCAGAACUUCUUGCAUCCUCCUGGGCUCCUUGCCACUGGUUCUUGUUGCUGGGUCGUGUGGGGGUUGCGUUCAUGGAACGCGGCCUUUCCUUGUUGAUUUUGUUUAUUAUAUUUUCGGCUUUAUCACGUAA